UGUGUGUGUGUGUGUGUGUUCAGCGGGUACUUUGAAUUAGACAAGCACUCAGAGAUAGGGACAGACAUGCCUCCCUCUGUAGGUUAGGAGAGUAGCACCCAGAGAACAGACAGCAAAGGGAUCUCAUCCAUCUCCACAAAUCCCAGUCAAGCCACAUCUGCGCAGGUGCCCUGAAAAAAUGCAGUUACUCGUGCUGCUGCUGUUCCUCUCUGUGUUUACCACUCACUCCUAUGUUCUACAGCCCAAGUUGAGUGUCACGACGCUGGAGGACUGGGAGUAUGAGGCUGACCGCUGGCCAAACAGGACAGAGCGUCCACUGGGAGAGGGAAGGGAUGGGGGGACUCCAGAGGAGGAUGCUGACGGGCCGACAGAGGAAGUGGUAGGAGGACGAGAAGAAGGAGAGGAGGAGAGGAGAAGUGAUGGAUGGCGUCGUGAGAGAGAGGAAAAUGAGAGAGCAGAAGUGGAGCAGAACAGAGAAGAGAGAGAGAUUGUUGGAGGGCUAAUUGACCAUGCACACACAGAAGAGUCUGAGCAAACAGCAGCGGUCAGUCUCAUUCCCGAGGGCAUUCCACAUCCCACCGAGGGAAUCCAUCUCACAGUUCCCACGCACGUCAGUCGACUUGUCAAUCAGGAAACCGUUCUUGUGUCCACUCCAGCUGCCAGCUCACUGUCUUCGGAUGCUUUUGACCAAAAUCCUCUUCAAACACGUCUGUCGGCUAUCCUACCUCCACAGCCCACUGUGGAACCACAGGAGACUGCACUAUUGGCUAGCAGGCUCAGCCCACACGGUGACCUCACAACACUUCAGCAAGUACCGGACAAUUCUCAGGCCGUCCACAUGAGGGAGGCAGAAUCCAUUCCAACGGCAGCGGAGACACACGUUGGGCCUACAAGCGAGGCCACGAUCAGCACGACACGCAACCGAGAAUCUGGAGCCCGAUACAACACAAACACAGCACAGCCAGAGACAGCGAGUGGAAAAAGCCAGCAGAAGCUUAGCCAAAAAGCUAACAACAGCGAAGUUAUCCAAAAGGCUGAAAACAACCAAACCACUCGUGCCAAGUUAAAAGUCCAGCAAACUGUGACGAAACCCCUCCAAAGUUCAAAACAGCACUUAUUUCCACUAAGCAAAGCCAUUUCUAAUCAGCAAAGUGCCAAAUCAACACUCAGUGAGCUACAACAUAAACUGACCCCUAAGACUAGCCAAAGCAAACAUCAGAAACAUGCCAAGAGAACAAAGGACAAGAAAAUAACCAGAUCUCUCAAGAAGGACAAGAAAGACAAGCAAAGGAAAAAGGACAAGAAAGAGGAAAUACCCACAACUCCGUACUUUCCUUUCUUUAAAGAUGACUACUGUCCCUCGGACUGUGCGUGUUAUGGCAGAGUUGUCCAGUGCUCCGAUAAAGGAGUGGACAAGAUUCCUUUUGGCAUCCCCUACAACUCUCGCUACGUCCUCUUGAUGAACAACCGCAUCGACAUCAUCCAGCUGGAUUUCCUGUCCGAGUACCUCGCCAUGGAAUUCCUGGUGCUCAGCAACAAUCGCUUGACCGACAGUUCCGUGGAGGGUUCCUUCGAGGGAGUUCAGAACCUGAAGCGUCUCUACCUGGACCGGAACCUGCUCCAGAGCAUCCCGACGGACCUGCCGGCCUCUCUGGAGGAGCUGCGACUGGACGGCAACAACAUCAGCGUGAUGUCCGAGGCGGCGUGGGGCCGCUGCCCGGGCCUGCUCAUCCUCAGCCUGAACAACAACAGCCUGGGCAACGGGUCGGACUCCCUCUCCGCCGGCGUGCUCUCUCCUCUGGGCAGCAUCCGGACGCUGAGCCUCAACCACAACCAGCUCCUGGCCGUGCCAUCCCAGCUCCCGCUCAGCCUCCGCGAGCUCUAUCUCCGCGGCAACCUCAUCCAGAGUUUCCACGGCGACGUCUUCACCGGCGACUCGGAGCUGCUGGUCCUGGACCUCAGCGCCAAUCGGCUGGGCAACAAGGGCCUCGGCAAGGACGCCCUUCUCAACGCCCAUCGGCUGGAAAGCCUCAACCUGGAGGGCAACCUCUUGAGGCAAGUCCCUCGCCACCUCCCCCAAUCGCUCAAAACCCUCAACCUGGAGGGCAACGCCAUCGCGUCGGUGGGCAAAGCCGCUUUCAAACGGCUGCCCAGUCUGGAGCACCUGGGCCUGGCGCGGAACAGGAUCGCCAGGGUGGCGCUGGGGGCGUUCCGAGCCCUGCCCGUGCUCCACCAGCUCGACCUGUCCCACAAUUCCCUGCGGCAGGUGCCCAGGCAGCUGCCGACGUCGCUCCACUUCGUGUCGGCCACCCACAACAGGAUCCAGUCGGUGCCGCGCGACGCGCUGUGCCCGGGCGGGGCCGACGCGCCCCUCAGCCAGCUGGUCAGAGUCCAGCUGGAGCACAACCUGAUGGACAUGAGCCGGCUGGACACGCGCGCCUUCCGCUGCCUCCGGGGCUUCCAAGUGGUCCAUUUUGACUGAGUAGAGAGCGUACUGUCGGGAGGAGAGAGGGACAGUGGACAAUGUGACAUGGACUAUCAAAUGGUCUGUGUCAUCAAUAAAUAAUGUUUAUAAGUUUUAACACCAUCCAUAGAUCCAAGUUUAUUAAUCCAUUUAGGAUUGUGGCUAAGAAA